AUGCAAAGAUAGUAUAAAGAAUACCUAGGUACCACAGUUUAUUUCCCUUAAUGUUGUCAUCUUACAUUAUAAUUGUACAUUUGUCAUUACUAUUACAUUAUUAUUGACUAAAUUCCAGACUUUAUUAGGAUCUCUCUGGUUUUUUUCAUUAUUGUCCUUUUUCUGUUACAGGAUUUAAUCCCGGAGAUAAAUUGCAUUUAGUUGUUAUUUCAUCUUGGUCUCCUAUGGUUUGUGAGAGUUUCUCAGUCUUUCUUGAUUUUCAUGACCAUGUCAAUUUUGAGGAGUAACAGUCAGAGACUUUGUAGAACAUCCUUCAAAUUGAGUUUCUUCUAAUGUUUUUCUCAUAAAUAUACUGGGUUUAUGAGUCUUGGAAAGAAUACCACAGAGGUUGAAGGUUUAGAACAGAUGUGGAAAGAUGUUCACUUCAGAGAAAGGGGUUGUGGAGGAAUGGUUGUCAGAGUUUAAGACACUACCAGAAACAUCUUUACGAAAUUAUGCCACAAAUCUGAAAGACAAGAGUUCUUUAGUAUCAUCUCUCUAUAAAGUUAUCCAGGAGCCACAAAGUGAGUUGCUAGAACCUGUAUGUCACCAGCUCUUUGAGUUCUAUCGCAGUGGAGAGGAACAGUUGCUUCGAUUUACGCUGCAGUUUCUCCCAGAACUGAUUUGGUGCUACCUUGCAGUCUCAGCCAGCAGAAAUGUGCAUCGCAGUGGAUGCAUUGAAGCUCUUCUUCUAGGGGUUUACAAUUUGGAAAUAGUUGACAAACAGGGACAUAGCAAAGUAUUGAGUUUUACGAUUCCCUCUUUAUCCAAACCAUCUGUAUAUCAUGAACCUUCCAGCAUUGGGUCCAUGGCUCUGACCGAGAGCGCGCUAUCCCAGCAUGGUUUAUCGAAAGUUGUGUACAGUGGACCUCAUCCUCAGAGGGAGAUGCUGACCGCACAGAAUAGGUUUGAAGUGUUGACUUUCCUUUUGUUGUGUUACAAUGCUGCCUUAACCUAUAUGCCCAGUGUUUCUCUUCAAUCACUGUGUCAAAUUUGUUCAAGAAUCUGUGUUUGUGGAUAUCCUCGACAACAUGUAAGAAAAUACAAAGGUAUAAGUAGCAGGAUACCAGUUUCUUCAGGAUUCAUGGUACAAAUGUUAACAGGAAUUUAUUUUGCCUUUUAUAAUGGAGAAUGGGAUCUAGCUCAAAAAGCAUUGGAUGAUGUUAUAUACAGAGCCCAGCUAGAAUUAUAUCCAGAGCCAUUGCUGGUUGCUAAUGCAAUAAAGGCUUCAUUGCCUCAUGGUGCCAUGAAAUCUAGUAAGGAAGGUACGAGGUGUAUUCAAGUUGAAAUCACACCAACUUCCUCUAGAAUAUCAAGAAAUGCAGUAACCAGCAUGUCAAUAAGAGGUCAUAGGUGGAAAAGACAUGGAAAUACAGAAUUAACAGGUCAAGAAGAACUGAUGGAAAUAUCUGAAGUUGACGAGGGAUUUUAUUCCAGGGCUGCGUCUAGUACCAGCCAGUCGGGUUUAUCAAACAGUAGUCACAAUUGUAGUAACAAGACAAGUGUAGGAAAGAACCAGAGACGGUCAGGAGGAAGCAAAACUGGAGGAAAAGAGAAAGAAACUACAGGGGAAUCUUGCAAAGAUCACUUUGCUCGAAAGCAAACUCAGAGAGCCCAAAGUGAGAAUCUUGAGCUUCUCUCUUUGAAGAGACUUACUUUGACAACCAGCCAAUCCCUACCUAAGCCUAGUAGCCACGGUUUGGCUAAGACCGCGGCCACUGUGUUUAGUAAAUCCUUUGAACAAGUCAGCGGUGUCACAGUCCCACACAACCCAUCAUCUGCUGUUGGUUGUGGGACUGGGACAGAUGCCAAUAGGUUUUCCGCUUGUAGUCUUCAAGAAGAAAAGCUUAUUUAUGUUUCAGAAAGAACGGAACUUCCAAUGAAGCAUCAAUCAGGUCAGCAGAGACCUCCUAGUAUUAGCAUUACUCUGUCCACAGAUUAAUUUGUGACAUAUUUGUCUCCCAUAACCAGUGACUCUGGAAAUAUGACUUUGCUUCUUUAUGAAAGUGCCCCGAGUCUUUCAUCCACGUUCAUGACAGGAGCCCUGACGUCUUAAAUUCUGAAGGCUCCCUUGACUUUAUGAAGGGAAUAAUGUCUAGAUUGCAAUAAGUUGAAAUAUGGUUUUGUUAUUUCUUGGUUGUGAUUUUUUUCCCCUUGGUUUGAGUCUUUUUUUUCUUUCUUGUUUGUUACUGUUGCCCUAAGAUUAUCAGUGUGACAAUAAAUUUUGGCAGAUUGUCUAGUUAAGUUGGUUAUAUCUAAUGUGAGGUUGUGAGAUUUUUUUUUUUUUUUUCAAUAACUCCUAAUUUUGGUGGCUGUGUGUUUGGCUUCAGAGUCAAAGGGAGUCUCCAUGUAUGGCAACUGUUUUAUAAAGGAUGGGACGGAGGAACAACUCCAGGAAUUCUACAGCUGGGCAGUCAGGAAGCCAGUCUGACAAACAGGCAUAUGAAAACACAAAAAUAAUGUGUAGAAAAGUGCCUGAUGAAAAUGUUUGUAACAAGAUCAUCUUUAAGAUUGGAACAGUUUGGUCAAGGCACUAGAAAAUGCCUGGUAACUCAGUACCUAGAGUAUUAUAUGAUUCUGGGGGAUGAGUAGGGGCAUUUCUGUUAUCUUUAGAACAUUUUUGUAUCAAAAAUCAGAUUGCUGGUAGGUGUGUUGAAGCGUUUGAUCUGGAUUUAGCAGGUGAAGAUUACUUUCAAUUCCUAAGGUAUAAUAGGCCAUAAAGCUGAUUUACUCUGCUGCUGGACUUUGGAAAUCCUAGUUAGUUUGGAUUCCUGUAAUUCAGAGCACACAUCAUGGAAGACUUCCUGGAAAUCAUUGUAAAUCUUGCAACACAGCUCUCAAGACACCAGUAUCAACUAUGUAACGGUUGAAUUGUUUGUCUGCAAAUGAAGGAAAUUUGAUAAAUUUUUCAUCUAUAAAAUGACACAAAAAGAUAAAGGUAGUGAAUUAUGGACAAAGGACAUUUAUAUAUUAACUAAUUUAGGGUUGUUUAUGUUUGUGCUCUUAAAUUUAAAAUAUGAAAGAAAUGAAAUGUGUUUUUUGGUUGUGAACAGGCCUAUUUGAAAUGUUCUUAUUAUGAUGUAGAAGGAAUAAUCAGUUUUGUUAUUGCCCAACCAAGGAAUAAAAAUUAAAAAUGUGAUAUGACAGAAGCUAAAUAAACUUGUAUAUAGCUAUAGGGGACUAUGUGGCUUUUAGACAGACAUAAAAAUUUGGUGUUUGCUAAUGAGAGUCCUUUCAUCUGUGGUUGAAGUUCCCUGUAAAGCAAGUAUACUUAAGUAAUAAUUUGGAGUGAGAGAGAGAAAACAGGCCUGAGGCUGAGAGACAGUGGACUGGCGAGGAAGGUCUGAGCAGCUGUCCAGUUGUUGGGCUCUUUCAUUUAUAGUAUACAGGGGUCCAAGGACAGCAUGUUAGUGUUUUUCCUCUUGUACAGAGCAAAGAUAUAUGAAACAUUUGUAUGUUUUGAAGAGUGCCAAAAUCAUUUAUACUCUGAAUUCAGUUUUGACUAUAACUGUACUGGCUACUAGUUUAAAACUAAUUUUUCAAAAGGCAUGAACUAGUUUUCAUUCAGUAGCCCUGAAUACAAUAUGGUUUUUAACAUAAAUUAAUUUGAUUUUUUUUUAGUCCCAGUAAGAGAAUGGAAUAAGAUCUGUUGGCAUAGCUUAUAGUCAAAAACUGUAAGGCAACCAGGCAAUAAAAGUUGACAUUGUUUUAAUUUAACAGGAAUCCUGUGUACAAUUUAAAAUAUUUUUUAAAUGACAUUGUGAAUUUCCUGUUGUCCUUUUCUAAUUUUUAACAAAGAAUUUCACCUAUGUGUAAUUAUUAACAGUAUUGAUAUUGUUAAUAUUAAGAACUAAUUUAAGAGUCUCAUGCUCUCCUGACUGAGCUAGCCGGGCAGUUAAGAACUAAUUUAAAAGAUUGGCAUUUUAAGCAAGUUGAGGUACAUAGGAAACAUAGAAUAAGUUUGAGGAAACAUUGGCUGACACAAGUAAGAGAUCAGAUUUUAAUGUUCCGCCACUGUGAUGGAACCUUAUUUAGAUAUUCUUCUAGACUUUUGCUACUCAUGUGGUCUGAGAGACCAUUAAGUAGGAUUGGCAUCACCUGGCAUCUUGUUAAAAACGCAGAAUUUCAGGGCCACUCAAGAUCUACUGCAUCAGAAUCUGCAUUUUAACAAGAUCCCCAAGUGAUUUUUAUGCACAUUGCAUUUUUCAGAAGAGGGUGUCAGAAUGCAAACAUGUUACUUGUCUAAAAAUGUAGAAUUCCUAGUGGUCUCACAACCCGAGAUCAGCUAUGUCAGAUACUAGAUCAUUAUUAUCUUCAUUGUUCUUGACAGCUAAUGAAUUUUUGAUAAUAUUGGCACAUGGCUUCUUAAGGCCUCUAAUUCUAAAUUUCUAAUGAUCCUCAUUUAUUUUUGCAAUAAAAGUGUAACAUUUUGUACUUUUCUUGUUAACCAUAAAUGAAAUCAAAACUGUAAAUGCCUUCAAUUUUAGGAUUGAAAAGGAGUACCACCCUUUAAUACAAUGCACAACAAAUUUGCAUUUGUAUGUUCUUUAUAAAAAUUUCUGAAGUCUUACACAGUGGGGUGGCUCUGAAUCUGUGCUCCAAGUAAUUCAUACCAAUUGAUUUUCUGGAGUGUGGAGUUAUGUUAAUAAUGACAUUUUUUAUAGUACUUUUGAUACUAUUUCAAAUAAGGGUUAUACAUUGAAAGAUUUUUAGAAAUUAUGAAAAUUGGAUAUUAUUAACUGUGGCAACAAUUGUUACUAUUCCUACUACUCUCUUCCCUCUCUUCAAAUUUUAAAGUUGGGUGGCUUUUGUAGGUCACUUACCUAUAAAGAUGUUGAUGAUCACAGACCUCCUAUGUGUCCAGAAUAAAAUUUUUAUCAUGAGAAAGAUCCACACAAAAAUUGCAGCUCCAUUCCGCAUUUUAAACCUCUAAGGAUUCUUGGGAUCACCCAACCUAUCACUCUUGAAAACCCAACCUCCCAGGGUGUUCUAGUGAAACUGGAGCCAGCACUAGCCUUUUGGAAUCCAAAUGGAGAGAGAAACAAAGUAGACUUUUCAAGGGAAUGUCCCAGAGUACCCAGGGCAAAUAUCUUCCCUCUGCUCUCUGAAGCCACAGGAAAGCACCCUGGAGUCCCUUGUCUACCACCACAGAAAUUUUUAAGGCAAAUUGUGUAGAUUUGAAAAGUAGAAAUUCUGAGUCCUUAGAUGAUGACUGAAGUUUGUUUUGAAAAAGCAAUAUUUCAUUGCCCUUUUCAAUUGUGAAGCAAUUACUCAGCAAACAUUACUCAUUUUUUAGAAAGUUAAAUAAAAGGGAAAUAUAUUUUUAAAACCAAAAUAGAUCAAAAUGAUCCCAGUUUUAAGGGAUUUUGCCUGUUUUGGAAAAAUAAAACUAAAGUGUUAAAACCUAAAUUAUGGAAAAAAGAGGUACUCUGAGACAUGAUUUUAAACAAAUAUUUAAAAUAAGGCAGGUUAACAUUUUGAGUCUAUAGGCACAAUAAAUCUUUAUUAAAGGGAAGUGCACAUCAAGACAAUAUGUAUGCUGAAUAAUGUAACUGAAAAAAUAUUUUUUAAAAACCACUUAGAAAAAUAAUUUGAGGGUACUUUAAGCAUUGUAGAUAGAGUUUAAUGUAUAAUAGUGUCUUCCCAAUCUUUGGAUGAAAAAUUAAAGCUCUUUAAUCCUUUAAUGAGCAUGAAUUUAUACUUUUAGAUGUGUUGCCUGGUAAAAUUAUACUGAAUACUUUGAGUUAUUCAGAUUUAUGUUUAAUAUUGUUAAAUUCUUCAUCAGAGAGCAUAAACAUGUUGUCUUCUGUACUUUGUAACUUGUGCAUAUCUAAAGAGACUAGCAGUGAACAUUUUGGAAGAUGUUUUUGUGUUUUUUAUAGUAGAGUUAAAGAGUACAUGUGUCUGAAUAGGAAGUUUUUACUGGUAAAAUCAAGAUCCUAUUUCGUAUAUUGUUGCUUUCUCUUAUAUGGAGCUUAUUGUGUGAUUACUUCUAAUCAUGUGGUGAUACUAAUUUUUUCAUAGUAAUAUACUUGUUUCUAAUUGUAUUUCUAGAAUUUACAUUCCUAAAGAAUAAACUAUGACUUUGGAUAUUUUUAUGUUUCCUGCCUUUUUAAGGCUAUGGAAAUAAACUGGAGUUUAGUUUUCAAACUUUUAUGUAUUUGUGUAAAUGUUCUCCUUAUGCAGUACUUUAUACCAUGAGUGUUGCCUCUUGUUUUAUUGAAAUAAAAACUGAAAAA